AUGCGGCCUCACAGUGGUCGCCCACUGUGGCUCGCGUUGAGGGCACGACCUCAUAGUGGUCACCCACUGUGGCUCACGUCGAGGACACGACCUCACAGUGGUCGCCCACGGUGGGUCAUGCUGAGGACGCGGCCUCACAGUGGUCGCCCACUCUGGCUCGCGUCGAGGACGCGACAUCACAGUGGUCGCACACUAUGGGAUGCGCCGAGGACAUGGCCUCACAGUGGUCGCACACUGUGGCUCGUGCUGAGGAUGCGACCUCACAGUGGUCGCCCACUGUGGGUCGCACCAAGGACGCGACAUCAUAGUGGUCGCCCACUGUGGGACGCGUUGAGGACAUGGCCUCACAGUGGUCACCCACUGUAG